AUGUCUUUCACAGCAGACCCGCGUGCCCCCAAGCCCGAUCCCAACAACAUCCCCCAAGAGCCGACCGGGCCCAUCGCCUCGGACUCUCUCGCGGCGGAAUCGCUCAAGAGCCACGGGGGUUUUGCCGAGAACACUUCGGCCCACCCGCUGGGCGUCCGGGGCGACCAGUCCACGCUCAACAACACAGACACGUCGGGGGCGUCGACGCUGCCUCCGGCCGUGUCAGGCAGCGAGCGUGGAAGGAGAGAGGCUCUGGGCGCGGGGGCCGACGAGAGGGGGGUUGCGGGCCUGAAAUACCCGGACGCGGCGGGCAAGGCACAAUUCGACGGUGCGCACAGCGACCAAGGUGCCUAUGCGGGUGGGCAAUCGAAUGCUUUCCAGCAACGAGGUGGCGGGUACGGCGGUUCAACUGGUCGACCGGCGGGAGAGAGCGACUUUGGUGCUUCGACCACAUCGUCCUCUGCCGGCGGGAUCGACCAGUCCCAGAUCCGCUCCGGCUCGGAUAUCAACACCUCCAAAGGCAGCAGCAGCAGCAGCGGUGCCGGAGGUCCAGCCGCCGGCACGGGCGUCCGUCCCCACGUCGACGCCGCCCCGGGAUACACAUCUACCGUCACGGGCGCCGCCAUGCCCGAGAACACAUUCAAACCCAAGGGCGCGAACCUCGACGACGCAGACGUCUCGCAAAGCAUCCCCCAGACCAAGACCUUCACCGGCGCCAUCGGCACCGUCAAUGACCCCGGCCGAUUGGCCGAGCGUGAGUUCCUGGGCCGCAACGAGGACCCCAUCGGCGAGUUGGGCCAGGCUGGUGUCGAAGGAGGCCGUGCCAGACAGAAGGGCCAUGACAGCCAGACCGGUGAGCAGGGCCAGUAUGGCGUGUUGCAAAGCGAGAGGGCAUAAAGAGGGGAUGUGGGUGUCAAAAUCUGGUCGGUGAAAGAAAACCAUAACCUACAGCACCAACCGGCGUAGUGGCAUCAGUGCGUACGGAAGUGAUUUGGAAGGGAUGAUAUAAAAUCUGGAGUCAGCAUUUUGUUUGUCGAAGGGGAAACCUGAAAAAAGUAUUGGUCGAGAGCAGGAGCAGCCUUCUGCUAUCCCAUAUCCACAUAUCACAUACUGCAUAAUGCAUUCAGCAUUCGUGCUGCAAAUUGACUCCCU